AUGUCGAAUGAUCCGGUCGACAUGUUUAAGCGUUACGCGCACGGUCUCGAGAACUGCAAGCAACAAAAGAACCUUUCACAACGCCGGGGUUACGAUUUCGCGAGAAACUUUCACGUGUACGAACAGUUAUUUCGACUCGGGGGGGAAAUAUAUACGAUGAGGGCGGAAUUAAAAACAUGCUCGCUCAGUCCGGAAUAUUAUAUGGAAGAUCGUGUACAACAAAUCAGGACUCUCUAUGAGCAGCUUGACCCGACCGCACCAGGGUCCCACGCCGUCGUAUGGCCAAUCUUCGUAGCCGCUGCUGAGAGCGUGUCAGAAGAUCAUCGACAAUAUUUUACUGCAGCACUAAAGAGAAUAUAUAGCAUAGCAGGUUAUGCGAACAUAUCACGUGGGUUCACGAUUCUUCCUGAGUUGUGGGCUCAACGAAGCAGAAAAAGCUGGACUUCUGCCAUGUUAGAAUAUAAAGCCUUGGCUAUACCGCCUGCAUAUCCACCUGCAUAUCCACCUGCACAUCCUAUGAUUACACCAGCUCCCGACCUAAGUAAUCGAGUACAUGUAAACCGCCGCCUCGAACCUGGAAGUUACAUUCACAGUAUAAUAGACAGCCUUGGGAGCGAUGUAUCAAGCUAUGUAGCAUCAGGCGUGCCACAGUUCUUCCAAGACUUCCCUAGUGGUGAAGCUGUCGCGAGCUCUCUUGGAAUCCAUAACUCGGACCUAGAUGCUAAGCCCACUCAGGUUCUAAAUCUCCCAGCAUAUGCGAACUGGACCGAAGAAGGAUGGAGCGUUCGAGUGCAUGGAAACGUAUACAAGCAACCUGAUAUCUCUCAAAAGAAACUCGAUGAUCUCGCCAAUGUGUUUCUUAUCGAUGUAGAUAUAGAUGAACUGUCUGAACCAGAGCAAAAGCAAGCUCGAAAUUUAACAGCUUCCAUCUAUGUCGUUCAGCAGGGGGAUUUGAAUGUCACUAUCGACUUUGAGAAUGAUGUUGACGUUCGCCCGGAUGCAAGUGGCGGCGUGAUCAAUGCUGAGGGCGGUGCACAAUCCAUCGAUCUCCCGUAUAAAACAACAAGUGAAGGUGACUUUGAUGCUUUCGUCGUCCUUCAGAACAUAACUAGCUCCAAUAAUGGACACUUGAUGGCCGGCAAUGCAACUUCAUCCAUCCAGGCUCUCAACAUGUACGCCAGGGGAACUGACACAGGAAACGCGACGGCCUACCUGGUGCCGCCAACAGGCUUCACGAUAAUAUCUGAUAUUGAUGACAUUCUCCGUGUCACUAAGAUUUAUGACCCAAAAGAAGGUCUUUUAAACUCAUUCGCACGAGAAUUUACUCCCUGGAGGAAUAUGCCGGAGAUCUACGCCAACUGGUCUGCCACCAUCCCGAAUUUCCACUUUCACUACCUCACUACGACACCAGAGCAGGCGACGAGGAACUACAUGGAAUUCAUCUACAAGACGUACCCCCUCGGCUCAUUUGACACGCGGCCGCUGAACUUUUCGGACGUUUCAGCAACACUAUCAAUACGUAAGGCGCUACUGGACAAGAUCUUCCAAACCUUUCCGCAGCGGAAAUUUGUCCUUAUGGCCGACACGUCCAACUCAGACGUCAUGAAGGACUACCCGCAGCUAGUGCACGACUACCCGGGACAGGUACAGUGUAUAUUCCUACGUAACACAACAGCAACGGACAGCUCGGAUCUGUUCCCCUACGACACCUCGGGUUUCGAGGGGAUCGACCAGAGGCAGUAUAUGUUCUUCGUUACCCCCGACGAUUUGAAAAAUGUGGAUAUUGUCGGGGGGAAUUGCCACAACCAGGCUGUCGUCCAGAAUGUGACAUUCGGAUAUCAGUGGCGCGAGCUCGGGAAUGCUGCAUCGUCUUCUCGGUGUUGGAAUUGGACUUGGGGUUGGCUGUCGGUGAUAGCGGCGCUCUUCUUGUUUCUCUGA